UCUGCCUAAUUUUGCACCUCGGUUGAUAGCGAACAGACAGAGAACUACAGUAGACCUACGAUAAAAUGGGUUCAAUAAGCUUUUGGAUGUGCUUGAUCCUGACGAUUUGCACCUGGCAUAAAACCUUCGGAUGCACUUGGAUGAGGACACUUCCUCCGUCUCGGAGCAUGUUCCAAGUGUUCAGCAACAACACCAUAACGAUGCUUCGGGAAAUGGGUCACGUGGUCUCUCGAGAACCUCAGAUCACUUUCCCUUACGAGGAAUACAGACAUGUCGAUCAUUUCAAGGAUGACGACAAGAUUGUCUUCAUUUCGCAAACUCUGAACGCUAUAGAGAAAUUGUACAGAAGUGAUAACUAUGAUUCUUUCUGGGACCAGAAAGUAGUUGACGAGUUUAUGAUUGACCUGCAUCGCCAGACCUUGGAGCUGGACCAAUGUGUAAAGGCUAUAAGAGCUACACUACCAAAAUCUGACAAAGGAGUGAACAAAAAUAUGAGCCUUCACUUCAAAUUCCUGAAGAAUUACUUGAAACGCGAGGAAUACAGCGCAAGCGGCUGGGAAGGCAUAAGGAACGUGGUGCUGAAACACAUGCUAAGACUAGUCACAAUAAUAUUGACUAACCAAUGAGCCUCGUGUGUGUGUAGAGAUUAUUUAUUUAUACUUCUAUUUUUUCAACUAUUUAUUUACACGGUUAUUUUUAUAUAUGUUUUAUUUAUUUAUUAUGUGAAUUCACAACUCUGCGAAGUAAAACACAUUUUAUACUGAAUAAUGUAUUAUGUGCUAGGUAUUUUUAGGCUAUAGAAAAUGUAACAACGUUUUCAU